AUGGCCGCGAAGGAUGAAUCGUCUGACGUUUGUGAGGAUGCAGUGCCGGUCUUUUUCCAACCAGACACGGAGCUGUUGCUGAAGACCAUGCAGAGCCACCAUGAGCAGCUGAUGGACCGUCUGGAUCAACAUGAGAAGUUUUUGAGGCAGGAGGCGCAAGACCUAACAUCGGCAACGUCUCCACAAAUCUUCGUGACAUCAGAAUCCGGAAGUCUCCUGGCUUCGGUGCAGCCAGAGCAGCACCACAUAGGGAGUGCCGCACCUGGCAUUUUGUCAGCGACAAACGCGAGAAGCGAAGUGCCAAGCCUGGGUCUAUCAACAUCUUACCACUUGCGAUCGUAUUCCGCAGAGGACACGCAGUUGCGCGACGAUGCGGACAACGCGGAAUCCAUCGCGAUUCGCAAGAGAUUCUCCGACAUGCAGGCGCCAGAAAAGAAAGGUCCUGGAAGUCACACUAGGUUACUGCAUUCGGACAGCAUCCCAUGGUCUACUCGCCUAGUCCACAAUCCUGCCUUUGAUAUCUUUUUUGCGAUCAUCGUCAUGGCCAACGCCAUCUUCAUCGGCUUUGACAUCCAGUGGGCCUUGGAUGGCCGAGAGUACGCCGUAGACGUGGUGAGGACGAAGCCCGUGAUAUACAUGAUUUGCCAUUAUACGUUUUCUGCACUGUUUUUGGCUGAGCUUCUUCUACGACUAGCCGACAGCCGCUGCCGCUACUACUGUUCAGAGGAGUGGAAAUGGGCCCUGCUUGAUACACUGAUUGUGGCAACAUCCAUCUGGGAUAUUGUUGUGGAUAUCAUCUCGGCCAUGCUCAAAGACGAUAGUUGGGACAGCAUCUCAGGUCUCUCUACAUUGAAAGCCAUGCGCAUUGUGCGCCUGACCCGUGUAUUGAAAACUGCUCACUUCAUACGAAUCUUUCGCUUCAUCAUGGCCUUGCGAAUGCUGGUCCAGUCGAUCUUGCACACCGUCAAAGCUUUGUUUUGGGCCCUUCUCCUCCUAACCUUGAUUGUCUACGUGUUUGCUAUACUUUUCUCGCAAGCAGUCUAUGACUACAUCAGCGACGAGGCAAAUCCAGAGUUACCACCAGAUGUUCAAGCGGCAGCGGAUCGGUAUUUUCGCAGCCUCGUGCGAAGCAUGAUGGCCCUGUUCAUGAGCAUUGCCGGCGGUGUCAGCUGGGAAGAGGUUAUCAGGCCUCUGAUGUUUGUCUCUGCCUUCUGGGAGGUGUGCUUCCUGUUUUUCAUCGCUUUUUCCUAUCUGGCCGUGUUGAACGUGGUGACGGCGGUUUUCUGCCACGCGGCCAUUGAGUCGGCCCAGAAGGAUCACACAACCGUGGUCCAGAACAUGCUGGACAAUAAGGAACAGCAUCUCCAGAAGCUCAGGGCCUUGUUCGAAAAGAUUGGUGACCGGGGAGCUGGGGGCAUUACUUACCGAGUGUUCGAGGAGAAGAUCAAUUCCCCCGCGGUCCGCGACUACUUCGAGACUUUAGGUUUGGAUGUGUGGGAUCCGUGGUCGUUCUUUAAGCUUCUUGACACCGAUGGUGGCGGUGUUGUGGAGCUGGAAGAGUUCUUUAUGGGAUGUUUACGCUUCAGCGGAGACGCUACAGCCAUGGAGUUGGGUAAGCUGGCAGCGGACCAAAGGUGGCUAAUCCGGAGCCAGGGCCGUUUCCAGAGGUUGGUGGAAGCUGAACUCGUGCAGACCAGGGAGAACUUGUCGAGCUUGGUGGAUGCAGUGUUCAAUGGUUCGGGCAACGUCUGCUCGACUCACUUGUAA